CCGACAACUAGCAGCCAGUUUGCCCGUUUUGGCAUGGGACACUUCCUGAAGUGGGCUCGAUCCGGCCUCGCUGGGAUUGCUCACAUGGUCUCUUUUCGGAACCCCAGCGGUCCGAGCAAUGCUGACAAGGGCAGCUGCGAAUGCGUCUUUUGUCAGGAAGCAUUCACAUCCAGGAACAGCUUGUUCAAGCAUUUGCGCCUGGAGCAUCCAUCGGUCCACAACCGGACCUGCGACAGAUGCAAGGCUUUUCCUUUGCAUGGUACCUGCUACGAACGCAAAGAACCAAGGGCUGUGCUGUGUAGCAAGUGCUAUGAGCAGUGUGGAGAGCAGGCUGAUCCAGAUGUUUGUUCCCAGACUUUCUCAAGACAUGAUCGUCCGCCGCACAUGCAGGACAUUCAAGCUCAGCCAACAAGAGAGCGUAAAGUGAAGGAAUUAGCCCCAGAUCUGCUUGUCCCCAGAGCACCUUUGCAGUUUGGCAGCUCCAAGCUGCCCAAGUCUCUUGCAGAUGCCUUUAACAAGUUUGCAUCUGCUGAAAGACCUUUGUUCCGCAUCCCAAGUAAGAUCCUUCUCCGCGAGGUUCCCCGCGAGGAUCUCGAGAUGGCGUGGAGAAAUGAUUUGCUGCGCGGCAUGCCCAUAGGCCUGAAAUCCACCUUUGCCCACGAAGACAAAGACCAAUGGCUACAUUUGGCAAUGAAAGACACAGACAGAGAUGUUGCAUUGUCACCUUUGGAACCUGAAAUGACUUCAGAACUGCUGCUUGCGAUCCUUCGGUUUCAAACAUUUCGGACGAAAAUCAGCUGUUACCACGUCAGGCUCACGGCAAAGUCCACCUGGAAUUGUGGAAACCGAGUUGUGGACUGGCAAGCUUGUGCUGAGGAAACACCUGGUGUUAGGAUCCACCGGGAGAGGGGGGCACGUGGCUACAAGAGUGCUUCAAUUGCGCUUCAGCGCGCAAGGUCUGUGAAGCCGCUUGACUUCGAAGGAUUUGCCUUCUCCUUCCUAGAACGGGUGGAUGGUGUGGAGUUUUACUCCACUCCAAGUUUGGCGGAAUCGAUGUUUCACUAUGGCCAGAAUCCGGAGCAUGCCACGGUGCCGCUGGACGUCUGCUACGACUUGGUGUGGCGAGCUCGUCAAUCUGGGUUCGCCCAACCCUCUAAGCGCCGCACUUUGAUCGUAAAGCUCGACAAGCAUGGUGUGCAAGCGGCCAACCAGCAUGGUGUGCAGGAUGAACGUGAUGUGGUGCUUGCUUCGAAACCCAAGUCCUCGAGUGCUUGGAGGAAUUCCUGUGAAGGUGUAGAGGAUGAGAUGGAAUUUGGUCGCUUUUGUGUUCAACGACUUCUUCUCAGUGAGGUUCUUCCAACUCGGGGAAUGAAACAAUCUGCCAGCUGCCAGCAGAAAUAUGGUGGAUCCUUUGCCAGAGAGCUUUGCACUCAUCAUGAAAGGAGACAGUGUCACUAUGGUGAAGAUUGCAAGUUCAUCCAUCGGCGCAUUGAACUGCUUCUGGACAUUUCAACGGUUGAAAGGAGCCUUGUGCCUGUACUUCCUAAAAUAAGUAAAACAGAUAUGGCCAAUGUGCGUUAUAUCUUUAAAACAAGCAACCCAUUCUUGUCUUGUGGAAAAGAACACCGUUGACUUUAGCACAAGAGUGUUAACCGUCACGAAGUGAGCUGGACAAUUGGCUGAGGGCAAGAGAAGCUUUGUGAGAAGUUGAGUGAUGAGAAUUGCAACAUCAGAGAUUUAGAGCUUCGUGAAAUCUUCUGGGAAGCAAUGAAGAAGGGCGAGUUGCGGAUCUCUUUGAACAUGCUGUUGGACAGGUGGUCGGCAAAGAAUGGAACCAGUGAAGAAGUUCUUGUGGAAAAUCUCAAGGGGGAACUAAAGGAUGGGAACCUGACAAUUUUGGUCGUGGCAGCUUCUGCCCAUUUGCAACGCGAGUGGCAUGAACGAGCUAUGAAAGAUUUGAAGUCUGCGAUUAAUGUGCCGGAAGCUCGCGUCUUUCUUUCUCCCGUGUUGACCAAGCCACCAUUGCAACUUUUGGAUUGCUUGGAUGAGUACUUCAAGAAAGAGCUUUUGGUGCUGAAAGUGGUGUAUUUGAAACGCCUUUGCAAGUCCUGCUUUGCCCUGCUCAUUCCCAACAGCAGUUGGGUGGGGCUUGCCAAGAGAUCAGGCUUCAGCUUUCAAGAGGAAGGGCAGAAGAAAGGUCGUUGGAUUCUGAGGAAAUGCAAGGGAACGCGUCGUUGUGAAUGGACACCGCAGAGCGACACCGCUGAGCGCAAAGCCGAUUUGAUCCGUUUCAUGCGGGAGGGCUUGGAGGAUUGGCCCUCCGUUGGAGUGUUUCUGGAAUCUGCGCGGAUUUUUGGACCUCCGUCCUUGCAGCCCUCACCGGCCAGACGAUCGCGUUUGGCGGCCCUGUACUGCAUCUUGGAGGAGAUCACAGGGCUGGAGAGUCAGGUUGACAGCGAUGAAGAGGAGGAGGACGAGAUGAUGCGGUGCGCUGAUUUGGACGAGAAGUUUCUGGACGGAGAAGGUCUUUCGACCAACACCAGGUCGACCAUGUUCUCUGAGAUGGACUGGGGUUUGUUCCCACCGCCGAUGUGCAUGGGCCGUCAGAGGACCUGGCCUGCACCCCGCAGUGCUAUGCAAAUGGUCCAUUUGCUGUCACAGGAGUGUGACAGCGAAAAGAGGGCGAAAAGUGUGGUGCGUGGGAAACGUGUGCUGAACCGCACGCGUGCAUACGCACGGCUUGGCACGAUGCUGAACAAGUUGAGGUACGAAGAAGGCAUCUUGGUUGAUGGAGAGUGGAUCACAGAAGCUUCACGUGCUGCUGCUUUGCUAGACUCUGCCGGAUACGAUGGGGAUGUUAUCGAUGAAUGGGUUGGAGACAGCAACAUCUCUUCCGAUUUGCUGAUGGCUAUGAUUGCGGCGAAGUGGCGAAGGUUUAAUGGAGAAAGGAAUAGUGGAGCUGCUCCAGAUGCACAGGAGGUCUUGGGUGGACUGCUGCUGGCGCAAGCGAUGAGUCAUGGGCAAGGGAGGUCGCAUCGAAUUCGCAAGCCGAUUGUGGGAAUGCUUUGGAGGCAUGAACGCUUGCGAGGCAAGCUGCCGUUGGCCUCUCGUGGAGGAAGUGUGGGAAUGGGCAUGGACACUUGUCGCUCAGAUCAUGACAUUUUUCUGCAGAUCAAGCAUGGAGACGAGGACAUGGUUCAGACUGUGUACGAGGUCUUGCUGGAUCUGCAGAGACAGUCCACUGGUCAUGAGGAGCGCUUGAAGCGCGCGAAGGUCGUACGGAAGGACUUCGCCGUGGAGAUCCAGGACUUCUACCGUGGUAGGGACUUUGAUCUCGUCCCCUACACAGUGAAGCCAGAGCUCCAGGAGUGUCAGUGGGACAUCGAUCGGAAGGUUUGGCAGAGGAUUUUGCACCGGGAUCUGGCGCCGAAGUUGCAGGAGCUGUCCCAGGAGCAUCCGGAUGGCUUUUCGAUGACGCGACUGCUGAAGAUCUACAAUGAAUCGUUGCCACCUCUUCGUAGGUCCGCCGAGAGGCAAAAGGCUCCGCUCAUCUCCUUGCACCUUCCCUUGUUGGUUCUUGGAGCUCGCGAUCAACAAAAGUUUGACUCCUGUCAUGAUCCUCAGAGCUACUUUCUGGAAUCUUUGAAGUUUAUCAGAGAGCGUUGGUCUUGUGAAGUGCUGGAGACGGUGACCUUGCAGGAGAUCGGGGCAGAAGUUCACUUGCAACGGAUGACCAAGAAGUAUCGAGAGGCAGGGAUGGAGGAGGAAUUCGCCCGACGUCUGGAUGAGCAUCUCGUGAUCUUGACCAAGCUAUGCGAGGAGGAAGGACGUGACAAGGCGGCUGCUGAGAGGAUCAUCCAAGGAGUUCGAGGGCUGUUUGACAGCCAGAACCUGUUGGCGCCAGAGCCAGCCUACAGAUCCAGGCUGUGAACAGAGGCUUUCUCAAAGCUCGUUGGGGUGACGAUCAGGGGCGCAUGAACUUGGGAGAAAAGCUCCGCCGGGGCGCC